AUGGAGCUCUCUCGACGUGAUUUUCGUGUUAUGAUUUAUUAUGACUACAAAAAAGGGUUAAAUCCACAAGAAUGUUUUCAACUUUUAACCACAACUUUUGGUGAUACUGCUUGUUUACGAGCUACAGUUUUCAAUUGGUUUGCUGAAUUUAAAAGAGGACGGGAAAGCUUUGAAGAUGAGGCGAAGUUAGGUCGGCCGCCAACCGCGGUUACUCAAGAAAACGUUCAAGCUAUCAAAAAAGUAAUUCGUGAAAAUCGACAACCUACAUAUGCAGAGCUUGAGCAAGAACUGGGCAUUGGAUCAGCAGCAUUGCAAACUAUUAUUCACGGGCGACUGUCCCUCCAUAAACGUUGUUCGAGAUCAGUUCCGCACAAACUUAACGAUGAGCAGAAAGAACGUCGUGUGGAUUGGUGCAAAUUUAUGAUAGAUAAAUUCGACCCUGGCAAGAAAAAAAACGUUUAUGAUAUACUGACUAGUAACGAAACAUGGUUAUAUAACUAUGAUCCUGAAACACAGCGACAGUCCACUGUAUGGUGCUUUGAAAAUGAGCCGACGCCAACGAAAUGUCGUCGUACACGAAGCACAUAG